CAAAACAGGAAGCAAUAGGAUUCCUCCUUCUCUCAUGCAGGUCAUAGGACAAGCUUUGCUGUAGGAUGCUUCUUAUAAGAUUGUCGCUAAAAACUUUUGCUAGCAGACAGCUACCUGUAAAGCUGUUCAGUCCCUCAGCAUUGCAUGGUGCCGGAGGCUCUGGCACAGUAAUAUGUCUUAGAAGCCAGAGUACACAUCAAACUACACAACAUGUGCAUGAUGAUAUGCCCCAGCAGAUGGAGAAUCCAUAUAAAGAGCCACCCAAGAAGUGCAUAUUGUGUGGGGUGCCUGUAGAUUACAAGAACACACAGCUAUUGUCUCAGUUUGUUUCACCUCACACUGGGCGUAUCUAUGGCAGACACAUAACAGGGUUGUGCGGGAAGAAGCAGAGGGAGAUCUCCAAAGCCAUAAAGAGGGCACACAUAAUGGGUUUUAUGCCUGUUACAUUCAAGGAUCCUGCAUUUCUCAAAGACCCCAAAAUAUGUGACAUAUAAACGUAAUACAGUUUAAUAAAUAUCUAUUUGAAAUA